AUGCCGACACAUGCUUAUCUGACAAGGGGUCUACGCCGUUUGCCAGUCUUGCGUCUGCUCAAGGAGGGUGAGAUCUUCAUCGUCAGAUACAAAAACGCCAUGCGCAACUACACCACGGACGUGUGGAUCGGAGUGGUUCUUCCCCAUAUGUUCGGCCCAACCAGACAUACUCAUCGCCGCCCCUCAGGCGCAAAGCCGGAAGAUGGCGAGUGGACCACGCACCUUAAAGACCGGGUUUACUCUUUCUACUUGCCCGGAAGAAACAUGUACAAGCCAGACGUCAUGUUCUGGCAAGAUAUGGCUUUACAUGAGAUAGGGACCAAAGGAAAGCGUGGCCGUGAAGUGCGCAUCGUGAUGCCUCAUGAAGCCGAAGAUGAAGAUGAAGAGUACAGCGAGGACGAGAGCUUGCCCAUUGUGCAAAAGAGACCAGACCUUCAAGACUCGAAUACAGGUCCGCGCAAGGUGCAAGCUACGAGCAGCUCUUUUUCUCACUCCCGAAAUGGGUCUAUGGAGCUUAAUGAGCGGACCAAUAGCCAGACAAACAGCAGCGCUGGAGUGGCUGAGACUAUGAACGGAAGAUCUAACCCAUUCUUCAAAGGAGAAGAUGAAGAAUCAAAGGCAAUGGUCUAUCAACGAGCUCCAACGAGCUCGUUAGCUCACCGCCAGCACCCCCAGCUCCGUGACUCUCAAGCCCCAAACCCCGGGACUCCUAUAAAACGAGAUCCUUUUUCCCCUCCUUCCACUUCUCUUCUUGAUUCUCCUUCCAAGUUGAGCAAAAUGUCUGAGACCAUUGAACAGGGCAUCCAAGCCCGGAUCGAUCGCCAUCGAUUCCCAACUACCGGAUCUCGUUCGGAGAACUCUUCCCCUGCCAGGCUUCAUAUGGUCCAGCGCCAGGUCUUGGCAAUUGUUUCUCUGAGUGUCCAGGAUGUUGAUCACUACAAUGACCUGUUCAAACUCCGGGGCAAGCCGGCGAUGGAUGACCUUCGCACUUGGUUGGAGGAUAAGGUUUUCCGGCCCUCCAUCGAAACCCCCCAGCCAGGCGUCAUGGACCCUAACCUCCCCCAAACUCUUCCCAUGAAGGACAGCAAUGGAGUUAUUACCCACCGCGUCCUGGGAGAUCGACUGGGGCUCGGUCUGACAAAGCGACUCUUGAACUUCCAUGACCCCCAGGUCCUCGGUGAAGGCAUGCGCUCCCUCACCGUUCUCUACAGCUACGCCAAAGUCUACGCCAGCUCGGUGGCCGAGAUGUCUGAUCUGUGCCGGGAGAUCGCUCAGAAGCUUCAAAUUGCCUGGAAUUGCUACAGGGGACUUGAACAAUGCCAAUACCUGAUCGAACUUGCCCAGGUUGCUUUCCGCCCGCAGUACAGCAUUAGCAACUCUCUUGACGAGGUGCAAGGCUGGCUCAUUAUGUUCAUCGCGGAGACCACCCAGCUCUUCGCUCACGCAUGCCCCGGAGAACUGAAUAAUUUCCUCCGCAGCCGACCAAUGCUUUACCAGGAGAUCCUCGAUUUGAAGAAGGAAAUGUGCGUUCGCCAGCCUGAGCUGUUCAUGGACCUCCGCAUCCUUCUCAGGAGCCGAGGCAUCUCUGAUCUGUGA